GUGCAUCGGCUAUGCUGCCAAUUUGAGCUUGAUUUUGCCUCUUCAACCUCGUCGUCCCUUGUACAAAUUUUCACUUUCUCUGAUUCCUAUCAUUUUUGCCAUGACUGAUAGCAAGGUCCCUCAGCCGGGCCCAGCGAAGCUCAAGCGCAAUGCAGGACCGGACGAGUGGUUAGAGGCAGCCAAGGACUGCAAAUACCUCUCGGAGUCACAUAUGAAGCAGUUAUGUGAGAUUGUGAAAGAGUAUAUGAUGGAAGAGUCCAAUAUUCAGCCAGUAUCGACCCCCGUCACCGUCUGCGGAGAUAUUCACGGACAAUUCUACGACCUCUUAGAACUAUUUCGCGUCUCCGGUGGUAUGCCAGACGCGUCGCUAGCUGAACCUCCGAAGACUUCUUCUGCUGUGAUUACAUCGGACGACAUUGAACCGCCCACCACGAUAACAGAUCCAGAGUUGAGAAAGAAGUUGGGGAAGCCAGGGACAGCAGGAGAUGAUGAUGAUGACGAUGAUGAUAAUAAUGAGAAUGCUGGUCAAAAAGAAAAGUCUUCGAGUUCAGGGACUUCGGAAAUAGCUGUCAACCGCAACUUCGUGUUCCUCGGCGACUAUGUGGAUAGAGGAUAUUUCAGUCUGGAGACCCUGACAUUAUUAUUGUGUUUGAAAGCGAAGUAUCCUGACCGGGUGACGCUCGUUCGUGGCAAUCACGAGUCUCGGCAGAUCACACAGGUAUAUGGUUUUUACGAGGAGUGUUUGCAGAAGUAUGGAAAUGCUUCCGUCUGGAAGGCCUGCUGUCAAGUGUUUGAUUUUAUGACCCUGGGUGCUAUUAUUGAUGGUCGGGUCCUGUGCGUCCAUGGAGGACUAAGUCCAGAAAUUAGGACCCUGGAUCAAGUUCGAGUCGUCGCCAGAGCUCAAGAGAUUCCUCACGAAGGUGCAUUCUGUGACUUGGUCUGGUCAGAUCCAGACGAUGUCGAGACAUGGGCAGUCAGCCCUCGAGGAGCCGGUUGGCUUUUUGGUGACAAGGUAGCGGACGAGUUCUGCCAUGUUAACGAUUUGACCCUCAUUGCACGAGCCCACCAGCUUGUAAACGAGGGUUACAAGUAUCACUUCUCGAACAAUAAUGUGGUUACCGUCUGGAGUGCUCCCAACUACUGCUAUCGCUGCGGAAAUUUGGCGUCCGUAUGCGAGAUCAACGAGGACCUGAAACCAACAUUCAAACUUUUCAGUGCUGUUGCUGAUGACCAACGGCAUGUCCCACAGUCACGGGGAGGGCGCAGCGAGUACUUUUUGUAAACUAUGCUCUGGACUUUUCCCUUGCACUCAUGCUGUCGUGGUGAUGAAGGCGUUAUUUGCACCGGCGCUGGCGUUCGGGAGAUACCUGAUGUAAUCGCCUUCUUCUGUAGGCAGUGAUGGACAUCAUAUAUAACGAUCUAGAAACACGCUUAAUGACAUCCGAUAUUACAUAGCC